AUGUCAGCCAUCACAGAAGAAGAUCUUGACAAAUAUUUCUCACAAACAGAAAAAAAGAUCGAAGUUGAACGUGUCCUGUCUUGCUUCAAGCUUGACCCAUUUCAGAUUCUCGAAUUACCUUAUGCCAAACCUGAUCCAAAAGCUAUCAAGAUGGCUUACCGCAAAAAGAGUUUAAUGAUUCAUCCUGACAAAGUAGACCAUGAACGUGCUCAAGACGCAUUCGACUUGCUCAAAAAGGCUGAAUCAGAACUUACGGACGAGUCCAGACUUAAGCUCUUGUUGACAGUGAUCGAAGAGGCUCGUGUGGAAGUGUUGAGAGAAAAUGGACAUAAAGUCAAGACAGAGAUACAAUAUCCGUAUUUACAAACUGAACAAGGAAGGACAAAGGUGAAGGACAAGAUAAAGCAGAUCUUGUUUGAGAUGGAAUUACGCAAGAGACGUCAACUGAAAAAGGAAAUGGAAGCAGAAGGUGCUGAAAAGAAAAAGGCAGAAGAGGCUGCGUUGGAUAGGAAAAGAAAAGCCGAAGAUGAUAAAAAAUGGGAAGAGUCAAGAGAUACAAGAGUAAACAGUUGGCGUGACUUUCAGAAAAAGGGAGGUAAAAAGGUGAAGAAGCUUAGAAAGUCAGGAUUAUAA